AUGUCAUUAACAAGUAAAUACUGGAUAGUUGUUUGUAUCAGUGAUACACAUCAACAUCAUCGCCAAUUAACAGAUCGAUUAAAAUCAACUCAUACUGGUGAUAUUCUUAUACAUGCUGGAGAUAUAACAAAUUUUGGACGUGGUUCAAAACCAUUCGAAGAUUUUGAUCAAUGGUUAAGUGAGCUUUCAUUUAAACAUAAAUUAAUUAUUGGUGGAAAUCAUGACUCGAUUUUAAAGCCAAGUCUUAAUCAUGGAAAAUUUUUAAAAGAUGAACAAAUAAUUAUUGAUGAUUGUCUUCGUAUAUAUGGUUCAUCGUGGCGUCCUGUAGGUCAAUCAACAUGGUCAGAUAUUCCUUCAAAUUCACAUAUUGUAAUAACACAUAAUCCACCGGAUUCACGAAAUGGAUCACAUGUUGAUUUAGAAACUCAGUUACAAUUAAGACUAAAUAAAAUAAAACCUUUACUAUCAAUUUUUGGUCAUAUUCAUGCAGAUUAUGGUGUUUGGAAACAACCGAAUGAAGUUCUAUUUGCUAAUGCAGCAUCUAUACCGUGUUCUCGAUCUCAAAUAUUAAAUGAUCCUUUAAGAUUUAAAAUUUCCAUCGAUGAAAAUUCAAUCGCUUCUAUUGAACAUCUUAUUUAA